AUGACUGCUGACGAUCGGCGCCCGCGAACGGGUAAGCAGGAAGCGGUGCGUGUAAUCGUCCGAUGUCGUCCAUUGUCCGAAGUCGAAAUCGCACAAGGGCAUCAAAGUAUCGUCUCCAUGUAUCCUGAGCGUGGACUUGUGGAGUUACGGAAUCCAAAGGAUCUGCAAGAGCCAUCUAAAGACUUUACCUUUGAUGCUAUUUAUAAUGAAAGUUCAAAACAGCUCGAUCUGUAUGACGAAACGUUUCGAGACUUAGUCGAUUCAGUACUAAACGGGUUUAAUGGCACCAUAUUCGCAUAUGGUCAAACUGGUACUGGUAAAACGUACACGAUGGAAGGGAAAUCCUCGAUUCCUGAAGAACGUGGUGUUAUAUUCAACUGUUUCGAGCACAUAUUUCAACACAUAGCUCGGUCACGAAAUCAGAAAUAUCUUGUUCGAGCUAGCUACUUGGAAAUUCUAUCAGUUCACACUAUAAAAUUCCAGGAGGAUCUUCGCGAUUUACUCAGUAAAGAUGAUCGGGUAAAAUUAGAGUUGAAAGAAAAGCCUGACGUCGGAGUCUAUGUGAAGGAUCUUACGACGUUUCUAACGAAAUCCGUAGAGGAAAUCGAGCGAGUGAUGGCUGUCGGAAAUGCGAAUCGAUCGGUUGGACGAACGAACAUGAACGAACAUUCGAGCAGGUCACAUGCCAUUUUCAUAGUCACUGUGGAGUGCUGUGAAACUGAUCCAGAUGGGGAGAAUCACAUACGAGUAGGCCGCCUGAAUCUUGUCGAUCUAGCUGGUAGUGAACGGCAAGCGAAGACUGGUGCCACCGGGGAGAGGUUCAAGGAGGCGACGAAGAUCAAUUUGUCAUUGUCAGCCCUCGGUAACGUAAUCUCUGCCUUAGUCGACGGCAAAAGCACGCACAUUCCGUACCGUGAUAGCAAACUGACUCGACUAUUACAAGACUCGCUUGGUGGUAAUUCGAAAACGGUCAUGGUAGCAUGUAUAGGACCAGCUUCAUAUAAUUACGAAGAAACGCUAGGAACAUUACGAUAUGCGAAUCGAGCAAAGAACAUCAAGAACAAGCCGAAAAUCAACGAGGAUCCGAAGGAUGCGAUGUUGCGAGAGUUCCAGAAUGAAAUCAUGCGGAUUACGAGCCAUGUUGGAAAAGCGGUCAAAGCGGAAAGGACGAGGAGGAGGUUUGCUCUUUUGAACUUUGAACAGCUCGACGAGUCUCGUGGCGAAGAGUAUUUCAACGAGCAACAGCGUCAAAUUGCUGCCGAUCGUGAGCAUGCUCUCAAGGAUAAAACGCUUAUUCAGGAGGAGCGUCGACGAAUCAUUGCUGAUCUGGAAGAGAGACAACGGCAGUUGGAGCGAGAACAGCAAGCGCAACAGGAAGUAGCUGAAACGAUUGCUAAAAUGGAAAGCAAACUUCUCGGUGGAACAGAUCUCCUGGAUCACACAAGACAGCAAGAGGCCGAACUGGAACAUCGACGGCGGGAGCUGGCCGAGCAAAAGAAACGUGAACGGGAGAUUCUUCAACAGUUGGAGAGACAGGAGGAUGACACUGCAGAAAUCCAUCAAACGUAUUCCAGCUUACAGCAAGAAGUUGAGGCAAAGACGCGUAAACUCCGAAAACUGCACCUGAAAUUGCACAAGGCGAGGAACGAACUCCACGACUCGGCCGUCUUGCAUUCACAAGAGCGUCAGGAUCUUGAAGCUUCUGUGACGGAGAUUAAUAAGGAAUUGAAACUAAAGUGA